UUGAAACGGUUACGUACUAUAAAUAUAACUGCUUCUGGACACACUUCCUGCGAUUCUAGUCCUCAUUUUUAGCUUUAAAGCUAUAAAAUCUAAUGUGUUUACGGUAGGAACGAACGCUCGUGUUAUGCAAGCCGCUGGGUACGCUUCCUCUGACGUCAGAUCUUCGCUACCCACGUGAGCUUAACCUUUUCCAGUUUUGGAACUGAUGAUUUUUGCACGUUAGAGGGCACAGGUGACAAGGCAAACGUAACCGGCAUGCUGGCACCACAGGGGGAUCGGGUCAUGGAGCUCGUGGAAUGGGAGCAACGCUGGCAGGAGGACCGAAUUGGCUUCCAUCAGCCUCAUGUACACAAGAUGCUGGAGAUCAAUAUCGAUAAAGUUCUCUCCAAGAGGACAGGAGUUCGCUUCUUCUUCCCCCUCUGUGGGAAAGCAGUAGAUAUGAAUUGGCUAGCAAGCAUGGGCCAUUCGGUGGUUGGGGUGGACAUAUCCGAAAAGGCCAUAAAACAGUUCUUUGAGGAGAAUAACUUGACGUACAGUGAGGAGCCUGUCCCCGCCAUACCUGGAGCAAAGGUUUACAAGAGCUCGGAGAAAAACAUCACUCUAUAUCAAUGUGACCUGUACAAGUUCUGCAGCUCCAUCGAGGGUCAGUUCGGGGCAAUUUGGGACCGGGGAUCUCUGGUGGCCAUCAACCCAAGAGACAGAGAAAAGUAUACUUCUCUCAUAAUUUCUCUGAUGGCCAAAGACUGCAGAUACCUUUUGGACACUUUACUGUACAAUCCUGAUUUAUAUAAAGGUCCUCCCUUUUUUGUGCCUGAUGAGCAAGUGCACAGCCUGUUUGGGAAGAGCUGUGAUAUCGAGCGGCUGCAGUCGGUGGAUGCCUUGACGGACAGACAGCGAGAAUGGGGCCUGGACUACCUGACUGAAAAUGUACACCUCAUCACUCCAAAGAGCAGUUAAAAACUACCUUGCAAGCUUAGCGGGCUUAGAAAAGCUGCUCUUUGGCAUUUUGUAGCAAAAACAGGUCCUAGGAAUUUUUUUUUCAUGCUUACACAUCUUGAUACAGCUUCACUUUGGGGGAAAGUGAAAGUACAUGGAAAUAAAAUGUUGAUAAAAUAAUAAAACAGUUUUGGAACUCGUGAAUUUUCA